CCCUAGUAAGAAGAAGAUCACCGCCACCAUCUUCUUCAACAGUUCAACCUAACACCAUUCAAAAUCAAACCCAACCCCAACCACCUCUUUCUUAAAUCCUUACACAUCCCAACCCAUUUUCUGAUUUCAAAUCUGACCAAGAAAAAGCUUCAUCUCAUCAAUGGAAUCGCCUCUAUCCAUUCCAAAUCUUCCCCUGUUUUUCUCCAUGUACUUUCUCAUCUAUCUCGUUGCAUAUUUCAUUGUGUUUCGUAAUUGGAGCCCCAAGAUCCGACCGGAGGCUUCCAGCUGCUCAAUCUCAAUAUUUCAUGGCACUCCGGCGGUUUUCUUGGCCCUUCACGCCAUAUUCUCCGACCCAAAUCGUGGGUUUGCUUCCCCCAAUACAAAGACUCAAGCUUUAGUUCUCGACUACAGCAUUGCUUAUUUCUUGAUGGAUCUCCUUCACUAUAUAGUGUUCUAUCCUCGUGAUGUCCUCUUCAUUGGGCAUCACUUGGCUACCCUCUUCGUCUUCCUCACAUGUCGGCAUGUGGUCUUCCAUGGCGCCUUUUCCAUUCUGUCUCUCUUGAUUCUGGCUGAGGUCACCAGCGCUUGCCAGAACGCCUGGACGCUGGCCAGUGCAAGGAGGUACGACAAUGAGUUCGCCGCAAAGCUGUAUGACUUCUUGUCUCCUUAUUUCUAUGCGUUUUACAUCGUGGCUAGGGGAUUUUUGGGUCCCUAUUUUGUCUACCAAAUGGGUGCUUAUUAUGUGAAUGGAGGGGCUGAUACUUUGAUUCCCAAGUGGCUUUGGAUUUCUUGGUUGGUCGUGGUUUUAAUGGCCAUAUCCGUUAGCAUUUUGUGGGUUUCAAAUUUGUGCCUUGUGUUGUACCAAGAGAGCAAGAGUAAACUAGAGAAGAAGAUAACAUAGUUGUUGUUUCUUGUCAUUAUAUCAAUGUAUUUUAUCUGGGGAUGAAAGAAAUAUAAUGGAUGGGAUUUUGUUCUCUUGCUAUUGUGACAACAAUUGAGGUUGAAAGUUAGAAUAAUGUGGUGAUGAUAAUUGUGACAAUGUGUAUUAACAUGACUCUGUAAUUUUUUUUUUUUUGCUGAAAUAACAUUUCAGUUCUUUUAAAGUUAAAUUUGUCCUCUUCUUGCUGGAUUAUAUAAAUGUAUUUAGUCUGUUUUAAUGAAUUCUUUACAUUUGU